UUUUCGAGAGAGGGGCGUAUUCAGACACCUGCCGCCAUGUUGAGAAUCAUUGUCCUCGCCGUCGUCGUUGCUGCCGCUGUUGCUGACCCCUGCUGUACACCCGACCAAUGGCAGGGGGACAUGGGCAGCAUUACAGGAGCGGUCACCGACGGCAUCAGUAGAACUGCUAAGGUGAGCGGUAUGACGGCAUACGACUACAUCAAUAAAAUGGUUGCCCAGACAACGACUGUGACGGAAGGAUCCCUGAGGAUGACGAACAAGACGAUCAUCAAUUUCAACACGAAAAUGAUGUACCUGAUCGACAGUACAAGAGACCUGUGCGAAGUAAAGUCCAUCGACCAGCCCAUGAAACAGGCCUGUACCCCACCGGGCGCAGAGGAGGUUGGGCAGUUUUAUUUUGGAGCAGGGGCUGACAACGAGCUUGAUGCCACAUCAUACAAGUUCACGGCCAACGCAAUGGAGGGCUAUCUAUCUGUGACCAGCCUGGAUUGUCUGCCCAUUACUCUCGUCACUUACGGACAAAUUGGCAACACUGCCACCAUGACGACUAUUGGUUUCGCCGACGUCAUGCUGAAAAUCGAAGACCCCUCUAUAUUCGACCCCCCGAGUUCUUGUGACGAGGCCAAGGCGACACCACUUGAAAACCAUGGCAUUCACAGUUUCCUUGGUACCCCUACAACUCACCACGUGUAAUGGACACCCGUGACGGUACAUCAAGAUCUAGCCAUUGUAUUCCUGUUGAAGACCAUUUUCCAUUGAGAUUUUCAAAUGCAAGAAAUACAUGUUUGUUUUUCUUUCAAAUCUCAACAUUGUUUGAGGUGAUUGCUAUCGAAUCAGUAUGGACAGCAAAUAAUAUCCUUUGAUAUCAUCCACAAAUGCAUAAUAAAAAUAUAGAAAAAUG